AAUAAUGAAGAGGAAAUCGAAGAAUUUCCUAUUGAGGCUAUUAAAGAAAAGCGUUAUAUCGGUGUGAGAAAACGGCCAUGGGGAAAGUACGCUGCUGAGAUAAGGGAUUCCACAAGGAAUGGAACAAGGGUUUGGCUUGGAACAUUUGACAGUGCAGAAAAAGCUGCUUUGGCUUAUGACCAAGCUGCAUUUGUGAUGCGCGGAGCUUCAGCACCCAUAAAUUUCCCAACAGAGAAAGUAAAAGAAUCCCUUAAAAACAUGAAUUACAGGUGCAAGGAUGGUUCAUCACCAGCUGUAGCCAUAAAAGAGACACACAGGACUAGGGGUUCGUCGAAACACAAAGGGAAAAAGAAACAAAAAAGUAAAGAAGAAGAAAAUGUUUUGGUGUUUGAGGACUUGGGAUCUGAUCUAUUAGACGAGCUAUUAUCAAAGAGUUGAUUUUGUAAGUAAUCAUAAAAGUCUUCUACACCUGUGAAUUAGUGUUUAUUUUCUUAACUUUUCAUUUCCUAUUCUGGUUCUUUCUUGAACACUACAUCCGAGAAUUGAUUUCAAAUCCAUUCAAAUUAAAGAUUACCACUUAGUGUC